CGAUUCAAAAAAAAAAAAAAGGAAAAAAAAGAAAGAGAGGAAAAAAAAAGGAAAUCAUCCAUCCGUCCACUCGCGACACACCAGGGCCAUAGCAAUAGGAAAAGAGGAAAGGUGGAAGUGGAGGAGAUAUACAGCAGGUAGGGGGAAGACGGAAGAAAGAGGCUCGGUACAAUCGUCGACACGGUAAAUAUACGAAGCGCACGUGCAACCCUGCCAGUAAUCGAGCCACCACCGCCAAUCUCGGCUCUUUGGGGGCGGUUCUUCGGCGUACGGGGGUUGGGGUGUGCUGAACAGGGACUGGCUGGUUAGCGGCCGUCUGGAGGAGGAAAGGGCGGUAGGAACUGGUGGAAAAAAGAGGCGAUGCGACGGUGGUGAGGCGCGUGACGCUACCAGGAACCGACUCCCGGCGUUCAAAUCACGGGCAAUCGCGACGCACGAUGGUCACCCCCUUAGAUUUCCGCGUUUAUCUGAAGGGGGAAAAUAGAAUGUUCCUCUAGUUUCAUUUCGUAUAAACGUGAAACACGUACGAAUGGUGAUUAUUCAUUACGGGUGAUUGGAAAAUUGAUUUAAGACGUAAGGGUGAUUUUGAGAAGAGAGUCUUAUUACCCAUCAUCUUUUCUCGAGAUUGACACGUGUGACAUGUGAUAAUCGAUUUUAUCAAAGGAUUAUUAUAAAUACAAAGUGACUAUUCGAAUUAUUUGAAUUUGUGAAUCAUUUAUACUGAAGUGCGUUCGCCAUAAAAUGGCUAGGCAGAAUAUUUAUCACUCUAUUCCAUCUCGAAGGAAAGAGAAUGUUUCGUUCGCGUAACCUUCCAGUUCUGUUUGUUUACAAUUCAUGCUUUAAUGAGCCGUGAGAGUAUUCUAUUACACUCUGCCUCGAUCUUUCCGUUACCUCGUCCUCAGCCAACAAUGAUACCAAGAAAGAUGGAACGAGAUACACUUUGUCUUGCCAUCCUCUGACGAAAACACUAUGUUCGUGAAUCGUAUAUAAACAACAUUUCCCUUUAGAAUCGUUUGAAACAUUAAAAUGAUAGAACCGGGCACCAAGAGUAACAAUUAUUAAAUUGGAACGAUUCUGGUUACGAUGUAUAGCCUGUACAGAGCUUGGUUCGGCGAUACCGUUACAGCGGACAAUUAUUCGCGGCUUCAAGAAAGCUUGUCGCCACCCGACACGGUGGUAAGAGUCGGGAACGAGGGCGAGCACCAGUUCGUCGCCCACAAAGGUGUUUUGGCCGCUCACAGCGGUUAUCUGAAAGCUUUGCUCACGAACGCGGUGACGACACCUAAUUCGGGCGUGAGUGCGAAUAUUAACUCGAAUGUAACCGGUAACAAUUUGUCGGGACAGCCAACGAGGCAGCCAGUCACAUCUGUCUCGGUCUCAUCCAUUGGUGGUGAGGCAUUCGCGCCAUUGCUCAACUACAUGUACACAGGCCGACUGGAAGUGACGUUGGACAACGUGUACAGCGUCUUAUUGGCCACGCAUUUGUUGCACAUGCCAGGGGCCCUAGAACAAUGCAGAGCGGCGUUGCUCAGGUUGAGGGCACCUCCGCCAUUGCCAACGCCGAUCCCAGUUCCGGCUGGGCCGACAUCCACGUUGACGUCCACGCCACCCACCGGCAAUAUACUCAGACCCAUACCGAGCAGAUUGAUGAUAGAUCCGACCAUAUGCUGGCCACCGACCGCUCCUCUAUACCCACCGAGUGCACCGCCAUCCGCCAGUAUCGGUAUACCGCACUUGUCCCAACUACAACCGUCGGUCCUCAUGCAAUCUACCGUCCCGCUCGGCGUCUCCGCCGUUCCGUCCUCCAGUAUACAACAAACGCACACCUCGACGGUUUAUAGGGACGUGCCAUCGCCAAAAUCAUCGCUGUUCCAAAUCGAGCGGAAUCGCGGGCUAAGGGUGGAAUCGAGGCCAAAGUCGCCAGAGAACGUGUCAUCGAGCACUCUCCCGUUCGUGGCAGCGGCAGCAGCCGCAUUCAACGCGUUCACCACGUCGAACGCAGCCACGUCCACAAGAACAUCGUCUCCCUGUCAAUCGAUCUCUCCCACACCAUCGUCCACUUCACGAUCAUCGGUGCCUCCAUGUCACAGCGGCAAAAAACCGAUCGACCAUCAACGAGAGACGAAGGAAGAAACUGACUACGAGCAUCACGCCACCAACUCGAGUAACAGCCGAACGAACGAUGCCGGAUCCUCCCCUCCUCUCACACCUAUGGACGACUCGACGGCUCGUAACAACAAAAACACGGAGCCGCCAAUGUCGUCAGAGAACGACAGAGGAAGAUCGAGGCGAAGGGGGCGCGGGUCGAACGGAAACGAUGGUUCGUCGAACGUUUUGUCGGUGGUCUACGACGUGGCGUGCUGCGACGGUCCAGUGAAGUUUCAUCGUGUACUGAACGAGAAUUACUCAUCGUCCUCGUGUGGACCUAGCGCGAUGCCGCAAUCUCGUUUGCAGAGACCGUGUUUCGAGGAGAACGACGGUUCCGGGGAGAACGACGAGAAUGGUGGGCCAGGAGGGGGAGGCCCAUGCGACCCGAUCGAGGCUGGGAUGGAUACUGGCAACAAUGGCGGAAGUUAUACUUGCGGAUACUGCAGGCACACGUUUAAGUCGCAGUAUUGUUACAGGAAGCACACAAAGAGGCAUUUGUUACCGACCAGAGUGAACGAGUCGAUCGGCAACAGGCAGAGGCAGCAAGAUACCAGUGCUAGGAACAGGAGAGAAGUGAGACUGUUGGACUUGAACGUGCAAUAUUAUCCUUGCAAGAUUUGCGGAUGCAAGUUCCCGAGUUAUUAUUUCGUGCACAAACAUAGGAAAUUGUGCCACGCGAACACAGAGGAGAGGGCGCAGUCGGACGAGGCUAACAGUACGGUAACGGAGGAUCAGGAGUCGACUACUUCGACUACGAAUAAUGAGAGACAGUGAGAGGAGGUUUGUGUAUUGGCUUAGUUGAAGAGAAAGAGAAAGAGAGAGAGAAAUUUAACGAACGAUCGAACAGAAUUCGUGCAGAAGUUAUUAAUAAGAUGUGUUUAGCUAUAUUGAACGAAAUAGAAAAAUGGAAAUGGAUAAAUAAAUAGAACGAUAUUAAGAUGAUAACGUUUGUCU